UCUGGCAUUCGAAUCAGUCUGUCAUGUAUACGUAACUGAUUGUAAUGGCCAAGUUAUAAGAAAUGCCGGAUGGAAAGAUUGUGGUGAUAGUACUUGGGAUUGGGAUGAUGCUCCUGAUGUUUAUUGCAUACAUAUAUACCCUAGAACAAAUUCAAACGAUAAUAAAUAUUGUCAAGGAUAUCGAGAUGCUUGCUUUCAAGUUCAUGGUGACCUCUUAGAUGGUUUUGAAAUGCGUCAAUAUGACGAUUGUGCUUCUC